CAACGUGUUUUUUGGAGCGAAGCCUGCCGAGCGGCUGCGAGAACAACAAGCGCAAAUAAGUGAUCGCUCGCUCGCGUUAUGAAAGUUUCGUGUAAAUAAAUCCAUUUCGUAACACCGCUAACCAUCGGACAUUACUCGGAAAGAUGGAGAAUCCUCAGGAGAAAAAUUUAGACUGGAAGAUGCCGGACCAAGUGAUGAAAUUGCGUAAGUUCAAACUUCGAAAAGUCGCCCUACAAGCGAGGAUCAACGGGACGCGCGUUGCCGAGGCGAAAACACCCCAGCCGUCAUCGUCCAAUGUUUCGGCUAGCCAGACGGCUUCGAAAAAGCGUAAGAAUCCAUUCGCAAAAAACGAAGUAAACAAGAAGCCCAAAAACUGCACUCCGGACUUGGAGAGUAUCAGUGGUGACAGCACGUUUGAUUUGCUUAGCCUGGACUCUUCCAGUAUUAAAAAAAAUGAAGAUCUUUAUAAUGCUAGUGCUGUGGUCGAGGAUAGCAUACUUGAGCAAGCAAAAGCUACAGCUUACGUACCUGUUGAAGAGCCUAAAGGAAACAAGUAUAUUCCCAUCAAUUGGACUUUGAAGACAAAAUUGCGACUGAUGUCUCCCAAGCCUUUUGCUUGGAAGGGUAAACUGAAGGCAAGCGAAGAGGCAUCUGGAACGACAGGAUUCGUGAGGUGUUUAGAUAUUGGAGAACAAGAAACAACGCUAGAUACUAGUCCUAAUGCAAGAUUUCACCAGUGUUGCUUAGUCUGGCAACAUCCCUCUAUACCCUGGAUGGAACUGUUUCCACGAUCUCAGAGUAAAUUAAAUGUAGUUAAUGAUUUUGUUGCCAUGAACCAGGCUAUGAAAGAUGCACUCUACAAAGACUGGUGCAGCAGUUUUCGUUCUUUAUUCCAUCUGCUGAGAGUAAGACAAUGUCCAUAUUUCUAUGUUUGUGGUAAUAAUUUUACUGUUUUAUUUCGCGCCGCUGGAAUUUGUGGAAUAUCCGAAGUUCAAGCCCUGCUUACACCUUCUACAAGAGGUUUGCGCGAGGCACUGAAAAAUGAAGAGAUUCAGUUCACAAUGCCACUGAAGACCAAAACUAGAAGAAAGACAGCUUUUGAAUUAUAUGAUAUCAAGAUAGUUGAUGAUGAUGAUGAGCAUAAUGAUCAGUGGCUGAAAAGUGUGGGUAUUGAGGAAUCUGAAAUUCGCAGGAUCAGUUUUUCUCAGACAAAAGUACAAACUGGCAGGGAGUGCGAUGUGGACAAUUUACACGAAUCAUUGGUGUUUGUAACUGGAGUAGAAGCACAAGCUUUGUUCAAUUUUUUAAUCAAUUGCAAGACAAUCAUGACAAAUUGUGGACCAUAUUCUGGUAUUCCUCCAACUCUGUUAUCACCUGUUGCAUUUCAUGGAUCAACGCUCAAGCCACUGAGGGUCAGGGAAAGUACUGUUUGCAAUGGGUUGGAGAAAUUUUACUCUUUGGAGUUGAAUGGACCUAUUUUACCUGACGUUUUACCAUCUCUAUGUUCUCUAAUUUCGUGCGAUCAGUUGGAAAAGUUUUCGGUAAGUUGCGCACAACUAACAAAUACAGUAGCAUUCACUCUAGCAAAGCAUGGAGUAGAAGUAGCAGAAGAUAACGACGAUAAAAAAGAAAAGCUACCGCCAAAUAUCUUUGGUCUUGAGAAUUUAACAGAUUGCGGAUUCAACAAGAAGAUACUUGAGCAUUUUUGUAAUUCUGAUCCAGAGAGAAUUCAGAACUUUGAAAGUCUUACAUGUCAUAAUAACUUGUAUACCUGGACUUGAAGACUAAUUUUAAUUUGUUGUAGGUACAAAGUUGAUGAAUAUUCAAUCAUGUAAUUAUUGAUUUUGUAAUUAGUUAGUAUUAUUUUUAAGCCUCAAAAAAAUCGCGAUAUAGAAUACUCCAAAAAAAAUUCUGCAAGAGGUUCUUUGCAAAUGAUUGAGUGACUGUAGAGUGAAUCAAAACUACUAGGCUGUGUAUUUUUAACAAACUAGAUUUUGUCAAACAAUUAUUUGUAUCAAUUGUAUUAUUUAUGUUAGCAAAAUUUAACGAAUUGACCACAUACUGGAUUCUAUAUAGGACUUUAAGAAUUCUAAAAACUCUGACAAUAAUUAAUUUUUUUUAAUAAAACAAGUGGAAAGUAUUGUUUUGCUGGAUGCAAACUUACCCCACAGUGACAUGAAAACCGCGAAGAAAACCGUCGAUGGAUUGUCAAAUAAAUAAGUGACCUUGGAAUGAAAGCAAGUAUCUCUCAGGUUCCAGGUACCACAGAAGUGGUCACAGAGUGAACACAUGGUGUAAUUGGACAUGCAGACAUCCUUGCUUGGCUCGUUUGAGUACAAAGUGAAGAGACUGUAGGCAAAGCAUAUCAGUCCAACAACACUUGCUGGCAGUAACAUGUGCGUGUAAAAUCCAAGCCACGCGAAGUACAAUCCUAUUUUGACGCCGAAGUAUUCCUUUAUGUAAUCUAGUGGCUGAUAAUUUAAGCAUUUGUUGACGCUUGCCCAUUCUGUAUAUAAAAGGUAUCUCAUCGAAUCCGGAGUUUUUAAUGUACCCUAGAACAAACAAAAGGAUCAUCAUGUGUGUAAAUAAUUUGACUUAAAUUAUUAUUAUGUGAAUAAAAAUUGUGCCACAUAA